CUCCCCCCCUCCCCUUUCUUCCUCACCUUGGCCCUAAAUCGCCUUUUUAUUGUCAUGGCAUCCUGAUCCUGGUUCCCCAUCUCCGGUCUUCAAACCUUGUCCUCCUGCCAUCGCAUUCCAUUUCCUCCUCUCAAUUCUUUUUUUUUUUUUUUUUACUCAUUCCGCGCAUUGUCCUUUUUUUUUUGGUCUCGCUGUUCUUCGUCUCCAGUAGGCCAUAUUACCCUGUAUUAAAAUACUUCAGUCUCUCAGCGGCCCCUCUUAUACAAAUAAUAACUCUUGACAGGCAACCAGGAUUCGAUCGCAUAGAACUCGCUCCUCCACCUGUACCCACCUCUGGACAGGUUCCGACUUUCCAGUAUUGAACCGCCUCAUCGAAUCCGGAAUCUGCAUUCAACGGACCAGAUUCCGCUGUCCCUCAGCCAUGGCGUCUUCAAUGCGACGCCUUCACACGUCCAGUCUUCUAGCGUUCCUUCUCGUCCUUCUCAGCUGGACUUGCGUGCAAACAGUGGGGGCAUGGCCUUAUGCCGACUGCUCGGGUCCAAACCCUAUCUUUGCGCUCGAGAGGGCCACUGCUCACUAUGACCGCACUAACAACUCGAUCGGCCUAUUGCUUCAGGGCAAUUUCACAAAUGUCUAUUGGGCUCAAGGGUAUUCUGAAGCGGCCACCAGUCAAUGGAGAACAUCAAUCCAGACAACCAUCAUGGGGACACAGCUCUACAGGAGCGAGGGACCUGCAUGCAUGGCCGACGGGGGCAUGAUUGUUGGCGGCUGUCCAACAGCGCCGGGAAAAGGCACUAUUCAAACAAGCUUCAACAUCUCACAAUCCGCACCAUUUGCAGAGCUGAUGGUGGCCAUGCAGAUCAUUGGCAGCAAUAACCAGUCGAUCGCAUGUGUGGCCAUCCUGCUUGAGCAGACCAUGCCCCGUGUCAGCACCGCCAUCAGCUAUCUGCCCGUAGCCCUCGCCUUCCUCUCGGGCGGAAUCAGUCUUGCGGCAACGACCAUGAGGGCGUCCGUCGGGAACGGAUUCCUGGGCGCAGUCGCAAGCUAUGGUCUGCCCACUGAGGCCAUUUCUGUACACACACCUGGACUCUUCGACGUCAUCUUUUAUACGCAGUUCAUGCUGAUGACAGGACAGCUCUCGAUCAACUAUCCUUCGUUCUACUCGACAUUCACAGCGCUCUUCCAUUGGUCGUUCUUGCAGUUUUCUCACACGCUCCUUGGAAAGGGGCCAGCUAACGCGACAGAUGUACUGGCGUAUGGAGGAUCAGGAUCGGUGAACCUGGCCAAGAACUCACAGGAAAACGGCACCUGGAGCAACAGCAGUCAGGCCUGGAGUAGCUACAGCAGUGAACUUGUCAAGCGGCAACGCCUGCAGCAAGCCGCACAGAAAGACCUCUUCUCCCUCUACCACGGAAUCGCACCGGCUAUCGGCACGACAGAGGCCGCAGUCGCCCUCAGACCUGGAUCGACGACGACGCCACCAAUCCCUACGCGGACAGUUCAUUGGAAGAUGCGGCAGAUUGUGUCACCUUCUAUUGCCACCACCAUUCCAACAUCCACGCAUCCAUCACCAUCAGUUUUGCCUUCACCGCCGUCCUCUUCUCCUUCUUCAUCCUCUUCCAGCUCUUCCAGCUCAUCUUCAGAGUCAACCAGCGCUUCAGAUCCAUCCUCAGAGUCGCCGUCGUCCAGUCAUACUAAAUCUUCCGGAGCAAGACCUACAACUGCCCCAACGACGACCAUCCGCCGGCCAACAACGACGACCACCACCACCACGGCAACCCUCGGUAUCCCAACCAUCACCGAUCCAUUCACAAACACUCAGCACAACGUGUCUCGAUUUGGAGUUGAGGCGUAUGCGGCAGCGAUUGGUGCAUUCCCUUCCUCGCUAUUCCUGGGAACAUUGAUUAAUGCAGCCCUUGCAGCGAUAGCAUCCCUUGUCCUAUCGGCUGCGCUACUCGGGGUUGCAUGGAUCAUGGCCAAGGAGAACCAUCAAAGGGGCAAGACACUCUACCAUGCACUCAACUUUGUUGCAGGAAAUCUGCUUCGAGUCUGGCUACUGCUUUAUACUCCAUUGGCUCUUUCGGCCAUGUACCAGCUGACGCUAUCGGGCAAUGUAGGACUCACAGUCGCGUCCGCAGCAAGUCUGUUGAUCAUCUCUGUCGGUGCCACCAUCUUCUUCACCUGGCGGAUCCUCCGUGCCUCCUCAGACCUCCUGCUCUACGACGAUCAGGCCACGCUGCUCAAGUACGGCGCUUUGUACAACACAUUAUCCCAGGGAGGAACGCUCUUCUUCUUGGUGACGCUGUUGGUCCGGUUUCUAUGGGGACUGGCAGUCACCAUGCUCUCGUCGUUCGGUAUCGCUCAGGUCACGGUCCUGAUGGUCGUCGAAUUUGGAUACGUACUCGUCAUUAGUAUCAAAUGGCCGUACGUGGAAUCGGGAGACAACAAGUUCCAUUUGUUCUUGGGAAUCAUCCGGAUCGUCAUCACAGGAUGUUCGAUUGCAUAUAUUCACGACUUGGAGGCAUCGCCGGACUUGAGGCAGCUGUUCGCAUAUAUCCAGAUGGCGCUGCAUCUAGCCGUAUUCAUUGUGAUAUUUGCACUGGCGUUGUGGAACUUCAUUCAGGUGUGCAUGUUCUGGAAAGUGAGGCACUCGGACUCUUGGAGGGGACCUACGAAGACCUACAAUUUUGAGGAUCCAGUUGAGGAAGUCGAUCAAGGAUGGGGGCUUGCAAGAGGUGGAGGCGGCCAUACAAGGGGUGUUGUCGCUCGUCGGCAUGAUGGCGAAGAUGACGAUGCGGAUGAGUUUGGCCCGGCCAAGGGUAGGAGAUUCACAGUGAUGUCGUACUUAUCCUUGGGCAGCGGCAGUCAUGGGGACCGAAGCAGUUCGAUGCAGCACGCUCUCCAUGGACCUUCGCCCACGCACCACCAACUGCAGCACCUCGACAGUUCGGAAGACGAUACGCUGAGGUACGGGUCACCGGCAGAAAGGUAUCGACAGUCGAGACUCAUGGAUCAUCCCAGGACUCGGUUUACACAACCAGCAUCUUCAGAUGAUGACCCGGCAGCAAAUGAGGCGGUGAUGGAUAGGCGAUUCGACAUCUUGAUCCCUCUGACAGGGGCAACCGGAUCGAAUACUUUGCCUUCUCGUCCAAGCUCACAGAUUAUUCCAUCCAGCGAAGCAGGCAGUUCAGCCAAAAUGCAUCCUCAGCAAUCAUCACCCGCCACAAGCAGGGGACAUCUGCCACAGCGAGAAUCGUAUGCCAAUUUUCAGAGAAUGUCACAUCAGCAGACAGCGCCUGACCCGAGGACAAGGAGAAUGUCGGAUAUUACGCGCGAUGGACCAUACCUUUACAAUCCUCGGAGGGAGGAGCAGGGAGACUCUCGGCCUGCUAUGCCAGAGGAACCGAAACCAAGCAUUUGGGCUGGGCUGAAGACAUCACUCGGCAACGCAUUCCGAUUCGGCCAGCGCUCUUCCAGCGCUCCUUCUGGGGAUGGAUCGAAACUCAAGGCUUUUGAAGUCAUGCGACCACCACGCCGCAACUUCAGAAACGAGCCGUCGUCGGCUGGAUCUGCGGAUGAAACAGGGUCCCAUGCAGGGGGGGACCAACCUCGAGAGCUCAAUUCGCUGGGAAUCUCAAGAUUCUUUCAAGAGUCGGACCGUGGAUACGAAAGGAACCGCAGUCUAUUUGUGGCGAACCCUUCGGCUAUGAUCUCCAGGACGGGCAGUUUGAUCUCGACAGUUUCAGGAGCUGUGCAUCCGAAUACGGCAUCUGCAAAGCUGAACAGGAACGAGUCUGGCACUGCAGACUCGGCCCAGACGUUCAGCUAUGCUCGAUCACGAGGAGCUGGAGUUGCAUCGGGACUUGGACCUGGAAUACUGGGACUAGGCGUCGCUGGGGAUAGAGGCUCGAUUGUUGUGAAUGGAGCUCCUGGAGCGUACAGUUCCAUAUCUGAGCACGGUGGCACGGCUUCUAUAUCGGAUCAGGAUUCGCAUCGAGCUCCCUUGGUGGCGGCGGGUGGAUCAGGAAGUGGUGCAGGCAGCCAAUUGUAUCCGUCAAGGCAUUCAGCGGACAGCAGCAACAACAUCGCGGAAGCGCUCACUAUCGAUGCACCUUUGUUGUUACAAGGGGGAGGAAUUCUGAGAGUCUCUAAGGGUCCCGAGAAAGUGGUGCAGUACUGGCACAAGGACUUAGGUCAGUACGUGGAGUCGAUCGCUGAGUCCCUGAAGGAUGAAAAGCUCCAGGAACGACAGCAAAUCGCCGAAGCAGUGGGCGAAGAAGUAGAGUCGUCGACGCCAGCCGUACUACCACCCUCUAUCCAGAUCCAGCAGCAACAACUACAACAACAACAACAACAACAACAACAACAAUUAUCACAACCAGAGCAGCAUCGGCAGCAAGAGCAGAGAGAGAAACCGUCGUCAACCUCGCCCUCCAUCCGGAGCCGAUCUAUCACUGAAAGCAGUACCGGCGGUGGUGGUGGUGGUGGUGGUAGUGGAGGACUUGGCAGUAGCGCGCCUGAAAGCCCCACGGAGAGUCAGGAAAGCCCUACAUCCGCCAACGUGGCUGCGAGCGCAGGACGUAUGCACGAGAUCCUGGGGCGUAUGUUUUCUGAUCGGUCGGUGCGUCUGCACAGCGAUCAUGAGCAGGAUUCAGAUUCAUUGCUGAGCGAGGACACAGCAUCGACAUUCUCGGGAAGGAUGUCGGGAGGCCAACGAUCGAUUAUGCAGCAGACCCGGGCGUUUCCACAGGCAGCAGAGCAGCAUGAUCAUGAAAAUGGGACUGAUAAACAGCUGGCGGAUGAUGUGCAGUCGAUCGAUCGAUAUGAUAUGUUGGAGCCUGUACCAGAGAACUCGGACAUGGAGUCGGAGCAGGAUUCGGACAUGACACAACGACAGUCGAGCUUUACGCCCCUUUUCGAUCCCAAUUAUACUAUUGCAGCUGCUGAAACCGAAGCUGGAACCAAGACAGCGACGACACUAUCAACUCCAGAAAGUCCGCUCAAGCGCUCCUUGUCCUCGGCAGCAGAGAAACGCCAGUCGGGCACGUCGCUGAUGCGCACACUCACAGGACCGACUACCAAGCCUUCUUCGGGUGCAACAGGCCUCCGAUCGACACUAAUGAAAUCCAAACAGAACUCGCUCUCGCGCCCACUGGCCCACUCCCCGCUUCACUCGCCCUCAGUACAACUUGGCUCUAGCGGAAGCGAUCUGAGUCGACAGUCGUCUUUGCAGUCUGGAUACUUGGAUAUGACAUGGCUUGACCACCACAACGGACUCAAUGACCGGGAACGACAGAACCAAUUUUUGAACCGGAACGCGUCAGUUGGCACGGUGCGGAGUGAGGCAUCGUACGUAACAGCGAGGUCGCAGUACCCUUCUGAUGAAGACGAUCAAGGAGGAUUGUAAGAUUGCACUGUACAACAGGAACACGAAGAGAAGACGCAGGCAUCCUUGUAUUUUUAAGAAGCACACCUGAAUAAAG